AAUAAUAAUACUCGGUUUUAUUUUUAUAAGAAUCUUAGAUCUCUAGAUCUAAAUUGGAAUAGAAUUGAAUAGAUCCUAGAUAAGAUAGAUCUAUCUCUUAAACUCUUGAUGGUAAAUUUAGGUAUCUAGAUCUAGAUCUAGUCUAGAGACUGUAGACACUGGAUCUCGGUAAAACUCCAUUUGGUAAUAGAGGCUGAAGUUGCUUGAUUUGAUAUAGCAAUGCCCAAAAAAUUUAAAGGUGAAAAUUCAAAAGCAGCAGAGGCAAAAGCUAGAAAAGAUGCAGCAAAGCAAGCAGAAAAUGAAAAAACUCAACGGCAGCUAGAAGACGAGUUAUGGAAAGAUGAUGACAAGCAUAUUGCUAGAAAACUGCAGAGAAAGGAAGAAAAAGAGAAGAAGAGACUUGAGCUUGUGGAAAGAAAAAAAACACUUCAACAACUUCAUGAAGAAGAAAUGAGCAGCAUCAAAGGUGCUAAGUCACAAGCAGCUAAAACAACAAGAGCACAGAUAAUUGAGAAUCAGGAGAGAAUGGCUGCUGCUGCAGAAGCUGCUAAAGCAAAGGAAAAGAUGACUCAUGUGGAGAAACCUCUUGAAGAGAAUAUUAACCGAAUAGAAACAGAUGGCGAUGAAGCUAGAACAGUGGAGGAAGCUAUUUCUAUUUUGAGUGUUGGGGAUGAGGUACAAGUUGAUCGUCACCCUGAAAAAAGAAUGCGAGCUGCCUAUAUUGAAUAUGAAGAAUCCAGACUCCCAGCCCUGAAAGAAGAAAACCCAAACAUGCGUCUAUCCCAAUUGAAACAGAUAGUAAAAAAAGACUGGAUGAAGGCACCAGAAAAUCCAUUAAACCAGAGACACCUGUCUUACAAUACAAAAACAUAAAUCCUCUGUCAAUCUACUCGACUGAAGUUAGUUGUUGUGCCCUCCAUCUUGCAUUCAUAAGAUCGCAGAGAAAGCAAUACAAAGGACGCGUGUAAGCCAGGAUAUAUGUAUUAACUGUUUACCAAAUGAAAACUUCCUUUAUCGGGUAUUGUAAUUCUGUACAUUUAACGUCUUAAUGAUUUGUUAUCCUUUGGACUAAUUUCUUCUAUGUGUAUCCUAUUUUAAAAUUUAUUUUGUGUAUCAGCGCGCCAGUGAUAAGGUGAGAGGGUGUGUACUUGUCAUAGAUCGUUUAGUCUCUGGUGGAGGAGUUUCCCCCCAAAUGAUUUGAACAAGUAUCUUUUGGGUUUCUUAAUGCUACCUAACCAUUAAGUAAGGAUCAUUAAUAGAAGAAAUAGUUUAAGACAUUUUAAUAUGCAUUAAUUCAUGAAUAAAUAAGUUUUAUUCUUAAA